AUGCAAAUCAUCAAGCCCCUCCUCAUUUCCGAAGAAGAGCUGCUGCUCGAGGGUCAAGUCAGGAGGCACGACCUGCUGCUGCAGCAGAGGCAGCAGCAGCACCAGCACAACUUGCUGCUGCAGCAGCAGCAGCACGACCUGCCUCUGCAGCAGAGGCAGCAGCAGCGCCAGCGCGAUCUCCUGCUGCAGCAGACGCAGCAGCAGCACCAGCGCUGCCUUCUGCUGCAGCAGACGCAGCAGCAGCACCCGCGCGACCUGCUGCUGCAGCAGACGCAGCAGCAGCACCAGCAUGAUCUGCUGCUGCAGCAGAAGCAGCAGCAGCACAAGCGCAUGCAGCUGCAGCAGGAGAGCACUUUGGCUGCUUCCGAGAAAGCUUUCCUUUGCGGCGCUUCUCGGCAGCAGCAGCGGUGGCUGGAAGCUGACGACGCAGAGGAAGCUUUGCUGCAGCAGCUGCUGCUGGAGCAGCAGAAGCACCAACGGCUGCAGCAGCAGCAGCGAGAGCAGCAGCAGCAGCAGCAGCAGCAGCUUUUAGCGCAGCUAGAGAGUGAAAUGGCUCCUUCUGAUUUGCCUUUUGCCCCCACCCCCAAGCAGCAGCAGCUGCUGGGGGAAGAGGAGGACAUGGAAGAGCUGCUGCAGCAGCAGCUGCUUCUUGUGCAGCAGAAGCAGCAGCAGCUGCAGCAGCGGAGUAUCCAGCUAAGGGCUACGUCGCCAGCAGCAGCAGCAGCAGCAGCAGCAGCAGCAGCAAUAGCGCAGGAGGGGCGCAGCAGCAGGCGGCUGACUUCUCCUUCAAGAAGACAGUUGUCCAUGAGACGGAGGCAGCAGCUUGCUGGUGUCUUUGCUGCAGCGCGCCCCAAGAGCAGCAGCUGCAGCAGCAGCAGCAGCAGCAGGUCUCCCAGUUCGCCGGCUUCAGCAGCAGAGAGCAGCAGAGAGCUGUCGCCGCAGCAGCAAGCCAGACAGAAGCUGCGUCUACCCACUGCAGCAGCAGCAGCAGCAGCAGCAGCAGCAAGGAGAAGCAGCAGGCAUGGGCCACGUAAAGGCGAUGAUGCCGAAGGUCAUUCUAAUUCCUUCGAGCAGCAGCAGAACCCGCAGCAGCAGCAGCAGCAGCAGCAGCAGCAGCAGCAAGCCGACAGGAGUCCGAAGAAUGCCCACCAAAAGAAGGCGCAACAGCAGCAGCAGCAGCAGCAGCACCCGCAGCAAGCCUGUGGGCAGUUUACUGCGUUGGAGCUGACGCUGCAGCGCAUCUUUGGGGUGCCUGCAGCAGACCCGGAGGGCCACGAGGAAGAUAGUGCUGCUGCUGCUGCCAGUGCAGCACUUGCAGCAGCAGCUGCUGCUGCUGCUGUGAGAGCAACAGCAGGGCAGCAGCAGCAAAUGGGAGUGUCCAUGGAGAAGCGCAGAGCCCUGGCUGAAAGGCUGAGAAGACUGGCUGAGGAGCUUCAAGGCGAAGAGGGUCUUCAGCAGCAGCAGCAGCAGCAAGAGCAGCAGCAGCAGCAGCCGCAGCAAGAGCAGCAGCAGCCGCCAGAGCAGCAGCAGCAGCAGCAAGAGCAGCAGCAGCAGCAGCAGGUGCCUUCAAGUGCCAUUCUGCAAGGAAGCAACGCUCUUGAUCCCCUUGAUUGCAAGGGCAGCAGCAAUGACAGCAGCAGCAGCAGCAGCAGCAGCAGCAGCAGCAGCAGCAGCGCAGCUGAGGAUGAGUUUCCUCUUUCCUCACGAAAGCAGCAGCAGCGUGAAGGGCAAGAUGGCGGGGACAGCGGCUCUUCUCUAUCUAAGGCCCAAAAUUCAAAGACAGCAGCAGCAGCAGCAGCAGCAACAGAAGCCGCAGCAGCAGUAGCAACACCAGCAGCAGCAGCAGCAGCAGCAGCAGUAGCAACUCCAGCAGCAGCAGCAGCAAGAAAAGCAUCACGUUCUGCAGCUUGCCUCCGACAGCCGAGCAGCAGCCAAGGCAAGGCAUUAGGCUUGUCUCAAGAGCGCCGAAGCAAUCCUGCAGCAGAGGAAGCUGCAGCGAAACCAACAGCAACACCUAUGGCCGUCGAGAAUGAGCAGCAGCAAAAGGUCCUUGAUGUGCUCGACGCUCUCAUGAAGCAAAUUGAGGCUUCGCAAGGUCUACCUGCUGCUGCUGCUGCUGCACCAGCAGCAGCAGCAGCAGCAGCAGCAACCGCAUCAGCAGCAGCAGCAAAAGAAACUCAAAAUGUCUCAUCUUUUUUCCCCAACGAAGACCCAGAAGAAGUCGAAGAUAAAUGGCAGCAAGAGGGCCGCCUCAGCGCACAAGGCAUUUUAGCAGCAGCAACAGAAGUUGCUGCUGCUGCUGCUGCUGCUGCUGCAGCAAAAGGCGCUCCAAAGGGGAACCGCCAGGGGGCUUUGAGGCAGGCGGCUGCGCCCAGGGGCUCUGCAGCAGCAGCAGCACCAACAGCAGCAGCAGCAGCAGCAGCAGCAGCAGCACUGCAGGAGAAGCAGCUUGUUCAUUCUUCUGAAUCACUUUUCUCAGAAUGCUGCAGCUGCUGUGGCC